AUAGUUUCUCCAAAAAAAUUCGUAAAAUAUACCUUAUUUUCAGCGUUCUAAAGCAGGCUCCCCCCUUAAUCCUUUCGGAUUUGGAUUUCUCACUACACAGUCUUAUAUCAAUAAUAAGAAGCGGAAACGCAAUAUGCUUAUUGAUAAGAUAUUAAUUUUAAUAGCUUGUCGCGCGAUUAAUGCGUGAAAGAACAUUAUAAUCGUGAUUUCCGUUCACGAUUUACAAAUUGUUCGUUACAAUUAUCAUUUGCACUCCACAAAUAAUUUGCUUUCGCGAACAAAUAAAUCAGAAAUAAAAGCAGUAGCAUUUUAUGUGAUGUUAAUUGUAAUUGCUCUUAAUUUUAAUUAUUUUAACUUCAAUUCACUUUCGUGCCUUUAGUUUGUUUUAGAUAAGAUAAAAAUUAGAUCGCAUCUCGCUUGUGAUCUUAUCUCUCAGAUUUCUUAAUAAUGAGGUCAAGUCUCAUUUCACAUUUCUCAAUUCACAGAAUGAAAUUCACGUGGCUCUCUUUUCCUUGAACGUAACAAUAUUUAUUGUAGACAACUGUAGCGAAUGAGAUAUUUGCAGAUGAAAUAUAUUGAACACCUGCAGUAGAAGUGUGCCACGUUGUGCUUGAAUGAUUAUAGAAAGAUAGAAUGACCGUAAGCGAAGGUUUUAAAGAAUAUAGUAGUGGGGUGAAGGGUACUUUCAGCACCGCUUUACGAUGAUCUCCCCAGUCUUGUUUCGGCAUUCUCUCAGCGUGCAUUGAAUAUGGCGUCGAAUUCAAGCGUGCUUCUGCCGACAGGGCAAACAAUGCCCAUUCUGGGAUUUGGAACUUGGCAAGCAAGUGGAGAGGAAUUAGAAGCAGCUCUGGACGCGGCUCUGGAAGCCGGAUACAGGCACAUAGAUACAGCAACGGUCUAUGAAAACGAGAGCAUUAUUGGCAAUGUUCUGAAGAAAUGGUUGGAUUCUGGUAAAAUCGAGCGAUCGGAUCUGUUCAUCGUAACGAAGGUACCUCCCAGUGGUAACAGACCUGGAGACAUAAAAAAGUGGAUUAUGAGAUCGCUCCAUAAUUUGCAACUGAGUUAUCUGGAUCUAUACCUGGUGCAUACUCCGUUUGCGUUUGAAGAAGCUGGGGAUGAUUUGCAUCCUCGUAAUGAAAAAGGCGAAAUAAGAAUGGACGUAAACACGGAUCACUUGAAAGUAUGGUCGAUGAUGGAACAACAGGUUCAGGAGGGACGUACAAGAGCGAUCGGACUGUCCAAUUUUAACGUGACUCAAAUAAAACGUAUCUUGGCUAACGCUGAGCUGGCGAUCUCAAACUUGCAGAUUGAAUCGCACCUGUAUUUCCAGCAGAAGGAAUUGGUGAAAUUUUGCCGGGACAACAAAUAA